AUGACUGUACCUUGGUCUGGAUUAAGUACAAGUGUUGCACCUGAUUUAUAUAAAUAUCAAUCAAUUACAUUAGGAAAUCAAUCAGAUCCACUUGAUAUACAUCAUUUAUCUGCUUCAGAUGGUUCUAUUCACGCGAGUUUCAUUGGUCUUGGCGCUUCAAUUCAAACCCUGAUGGUUAAAGAUCGAAGCGGCUCCUUUCGGGAUAUUGUGCUGGGUUACGACAACAUUUCACAGUAUCUCCACGAUCCGGCAUAUCCAAGAUUUGGUUCAAUAGUAGGUCGAUACGCUAACAGGAUCAAAAACAGUACCUUCACCUUGUCAGGCCGAGAUAAACGUACUUACAAAGUCACACCAAAUGAGCACGAUGGUCAGAAUACUUUACAUGGUGGUAAACCGGGUUGGGAUCGUCGACCUUUUGAUGUACAAAACAAAAGUUUGAGUCAAAUUACAUUUACAAUCGUCGACCCUAAUGGCGAACAAGGUUUCCCAAAUCAGGUUGUGGGUACAAUCGAAUAUGAACUUUUGCCAGGCGCAAAGUGGCGGACGAGGAUGACUGGUUUAGCGGAUGGGCCUACACCUAUUAUGUUAUCAUCACAUGUAUAUUGGAAUCUUGAUGCGUAUGCUGCAAAUAGCUCAGCAUCAGAUCAUUUUAUCCAAAUGAAUGCACCAUCUUACAUCGUCACAGAUGGAGAUCUAAUUCCUACAGGAGAAAUAGCUAGUGUAGCUAAGACCACAUUAGAUUUUAAUAAAUAUAGAAAGAUUGGAUCACUUCUUGAUCAGACUAGAGGGCUUUGUGGAACUGAUUGUAUAGGUUAUGCGAGUUUGUUUCUUUCCUUGAAAUUCUUUUACCUCAUUGUAUCUGCGGAUGCCGUGAUGGAAAUGUGGAGUGAAGAAUCAGGAAUUAAAAUGAGCGUCACCACUGAUCAAACGAGUGUUCAGAUUUAUACUUGUAAUGGAAUCCAACCUAUUGAUAGUUCAAUCAAAUCAAUACCACGUAAACUAUCACAUCACGGACCUGACACAAUCUACGAAAAUCAUUCAUGUGUGGUAAUCGAGCAACAAUCUCUUAUCGAUGGCAUCAAUAAUCCUCAAUGGGGAAUUGAUCAGAUAUAUGGACCAGAGAGACCGUAUGAAUGGAAUUCGAUAUACCAUUUCACCACUGUGUGA